GACAUUGAUACUGCCCUGACAGCUCAUCCUUCACUAUUAGAUAGUGAUCACCAUCUAGUUCGUAAUGAGCAGCACACGAAUAGAGAUCGGCGUCUUUCCAAACGGGGUUACAUUCGGUGGCAAUUUGGAUUUCGUCUGGUUUAUUGCAUCCAAGAAACAGGAGAGGAUGCUGGCACGCCGCCGAUGUGUACCGACCUCGUAAUGGACAUUCUUCCUGCGCUCCUUGCACUACAAGCGUGUCCCUUGUAUCCACCACCAUUUCAGAACAAUCCUCGUACUCGUUCAGACUGAUUUGACCGAAAUUCACUUGCACCAGGUAUUGACUCAUUCGAUAGAACUGUACACACUGAUAGCCAGUCUGACAUCCUCGUCGAACAUGUGCUCUGAUGGCUGUGAAGUGUUCAUGGCGACGACUUUCCAAGCACGUCCAUACGGUAUCAUUUCGCAGCUUGUAGGAAGAGACCCAAGAACCAUCCUGAAUAACGUUUCGUCGUCCUGUAACGAUUGAUUCCCAUGUCUGUCGGUGUCGUGCUCUUCCCAUGGCAUGCAUGUAGUCCGGAAAAUCGCAUAGGGGAUGGACUUUAUGAUCUUGUUUAUAAUUAA